AUGAAUCACGAUCCAUUUCAGUGGGGAAGACCCCGCGAUGAGAUUUAUGGCCACUACGAUCACAAAAUCGCCCAAGCUUCUACUUCGGAGUUUCCCUCCAUGCACACUCAGCAGCCAAUUAUCACAGGAACUUCGGUGUUGGGACUUAAGUUUGACACGGGAGUGGUGAUUGCCGCCGACCACAUGGGAUCUUACGGCUCGUUGCUCCGUUUCAACAAUCUCGAACGUUUGAUUUGCGUUGGAUCAGAGACAAUUGUGGGUGUUUCUGGAGACAUUUCUGACUUCCAGCACAUUGAACGUCUCUUACACGAAUUGGAGACGGAAGAGGAGGUUUAUGACACCGACGGUGGCCACAACUUGCGUGCUCCGAACAUCCACGAGUAUUUAUCUCGUGUUUUGUAUAACCGCAGACUGAAAAUGGACCCAUUGUGGAAUGCCAUUUUGGUUGCCGGGUUUAACGACGACAGAACACCAUUCAUCCGUUAUGUUGAUCUCUUGGGAGUCACAUACGGAGCGCUGGCGCUCGCCACCGGGUUUGGCGCUCACUUGGCCAUUCCAUUGUUGCGCAAGUUGGUACCAUAUGACCUGGACUAUGUGAAAGUGAAGGAAGCGGAUGCUCGCGAGGCAGUGGUGAACGCAAUGAGGGUUUUGUACUAUAGAGAUGCACGUGCCUCUGACAAGUACACGUUGGCGGUAUUGUCAUUUAAAGAUGGUAAGGUUGAUGUGCAUUUUGACCAAGAGUUGAAGGUGACUAACCAGAGCUGGAAGUUUGCAGAGAAGGUGAUUGGAUAUGGUAGCAAGCAGCAGUAG